AUGGUAUCCACACCUCCUACUCAAGCUGCGUCAUUACCAUCCCUCGAGCAACUCUUAGGACGAACACCCUUGGCAAGUAGGGUAACGGUGGAUGUUGGAGUAUCACAUCAAUCCAUGCUCCAAUCUCUUCACGAUGUGUUUGCCAGUCAGAAAUCCGACAGUGAGACACCAAUAUGCCAAGAACCGAAUGUGCUAGCAAGCGUUGUGAAAAUCGCCCAGAAAAAGCAAGGCACUCAUAGUGUCUCGCUAAACAAAGUAGAACCUAUUGUCCCAGAAGAGAACCAGGAUUAUCAAAGAAAACCUAAGAAGGAGCGUCGUCGUCGCAAAAAGCGUAGCGGCGAACGUUUGGAAACGGAGGCUGAUUCUGCGGUAGCCGUAGUAAGCAUGGCUCCAACUGAAACGGCACCGGUCCCGAACGUUCCGUACAUUCCCAGUCGGGUAUUUAACGAAAGUGAAAUGGCACUGAAAAAAUUAGGAUCGUUUGAGGUCAAGGAGAAAGUGCUACGCUCGUUGAGAGAAAAAAUUGGGAGAUCCGAUGAAAGCUCUUGA